GGCUGCCGUAGAGAGCUGAUGUAAAUAGACGGAAAUCAUGAAUGUUUUGGAAAGCGAAGCGUGGAUAUCUGUGCCGCAUUCUAAAUCACUUAUAUAAGUGCACUAUAUAGGGUGUAAACAAUCAUCGCCUACACCCUAUGUGUAUUAUGUGUCCUGUAGUGAAUGAGCCGUUUGGGAUUUAGCCUCAGACUUGAGCGUUCACCCCAGUAACGUUAUAACGCAUGCGCUCUAGGGUAGUAAAUAAGUGUCUAAUUCAUAAAACAGCUUCGUUAACAGCGAAAAGUGUGUGUGUGUAGGUGGAUAAGAGUGGUAUGGCAGGAAGCUCCCCGGCAGAGAAACACUUCAGAUUCGUGGUCGUAGGUGGAGGAAUUUCAGGGGUCACCUGCGCGGAACAGCUGGCCUUCCAGUUUCCUAAAGAGGAAGUUGCUCUUCUGACCGCUGCCCCACUGGUGAAGACUGUGACUAAUUUAAGACAGGUUUCCAAGACUUUGGAGGACUUUGAUGUGGAGGAACAGCCAUCCACCAUCUUACAGGAGAAGUAUCCUAAUUUGAAGGUUAUUCACUCAGCAGUGAAAGAUCUCGAUGCAAAACAGCAUGUGCUGCAGACUGAAGAUGGACAUAACGUCCAUUACCACAAGCUGUGUGUGUGCACCGGUGCCAGACCUAAAGUCGUCAUCAAGGAGAACCCUCAUGUACUGGGCAUACGAGACACCGACAGUGCCCAGGAAUUUCAGAAGCAGCUUUCAAAAGCUAAGCGCAUGCUAGUCAUUGGGAAUGGAGGAAUUGCAUUGGAAUUGGUCUAUGAAGUGGAGGGCUGUGAGGUGAUCUGGGCCAUAAAGGACAAGGCCAUAGGGAAUACGUUCUUUGAUGCUGGAGCUGCUCAAUUCCUCAUCCCCUCACUGGAGGUGGAGAAGCCUGAGAAAACACUGCCCUGCAAGAGAGCUCGCUACACCACAGACAAAGCUACAAAACCUGAAGCAGGUGCAGCAGAGCUUGGUAGUGCCCUAGGUCCAGACUGGCACCAAGACAUCAGUCUAAGGGGAGCAGAGGAGGUAUCACACAACGUCCAUGUAGAGUACGAGUGUGAGAUUGAAGCAGUCCACUCCCAGCAGGACUUCAUACAAUCACCACUCUAUACACAGAACAGUGAUUUAGGUGUGUGGCCAGUUUACGCACAGCUAACCAAUGGGAAGGUCUAUGGCUGUGACUUUAUAGUCAGUGCUACAGGUGUUAUCCCAAAUAGCGAACCUUUUCUUCAGGGAAACAAUUUUGAGCUGGCAGAGGAUCGUGGCCUGAGAGUUGAUGAUCAAAUGCGAACAUCUGAACCAGAUGUGUAUGCAGCUGGAGAUGUGUGCAGUGCAGGUUGGGAGCCUAGUCCCCUUUGGCAGCAGAUGCGCUUAUGGACUCAGGCACGUCAGAUGGGAUUCUAUGCUGCACGCUGUAUAGCAGCCCACGAGCUGGAGGAAGCCAUUGAGCUGGACUUCUGCUUCGAGCUCUUUUCACACAUCACCAAGUUCUUCAACUACAAGGUGGUGCUGCUGGGAAAGUUUAAUGCUCAGGGCCUGGGUGUGGAUCAUGAACUGCUGGUGCGCUGCAGUAAAGGCAUGGAGUAUGUGAAGGUGGUGUUGAGUCGAGGCCGUAUGAUGGGGGCUGUCCUUAUUGGAGAGACUGACCUGGAAGAGACCUUUGAGAAUCUCAUCCUCAACCAGAUGGAUUUGUCAUCCUAUGGGGAAGAGUUGCUUAACCCUGACAUUGACAUUGAGGACUACUUUGAUUGAAUAAAGAUGCUGAGAAUCCUGCAAAUUAAAGUUUUUAAUAUUAUAA